AUGAUUCGGGCAGGCGCUGCACGAGCGCUUUAUGCGGCCACAAGGACCCAGGUCCCCCGACAAUUACCUGCUUUCCGAUCUCGAAUCUCUACCUCCCUGCUGCAAACAUCACGAGUUACUCCCUCCUUCGUUGUUCCAAGCAUACGGUACUACUCGGCGCCUGCUGGCUUGUCGAAAGAGGAGGUGCAGGGGAGAAUAAUGGAUCUUCUGAAGAACUUUGACAAGGUCACUGAUGCAUCAAAGAUCAGUGGCACGGCACACUUUCAGAAUGACCUUGGACUCGACAGCUUGGAUACCGUCGAGGUCGUGAUGGCCAUUGAAGAAGAGUUCAGCAUCGAGAUUCCGGACAAGGAGGCUGAUGCCAUUCACAGCGUCGACCAAGCUGUCACGUACAUUACCGCCCAACCUGAUGCACACUGA